AUGUGGUAGCAUUUGGACGAGAAUAAUAUACAACAAAUUAAGCCCUGAAUAAAUAUGGAGCUAAUAUUUUUUAUAAUUUUCUCAAUCGUUGCCGUAAUAUGGAUUAUGAAAGUUGCCCUAGGGAAAAUCAGAAAUCUACCACCAAGCCCCUUCCCAUGUUUACCCAUUGUGGGUCAUCUUUACCUGCUGAGAAGCCGGCCGCUCUACCGAGCCUUAGGUAAACUCUCCGCCCGCCAUGGUCCGAUGCUCAUGCUUCGCUUGGGCGCCCGAAGGGUUUUCUUAGUGUCGUCUCCGGAAGUGGUGGAGGAAUGCCUCACCACCAACGACCUUACUUUCGCCAACCGUCCCCGUCUGCUUGCCGGAAAACACCUUGGGUUGGACUACACCACCAUUAAUUGGUCAAGCCAUAAUGAUAACUGGCGUAGCCUCCGCCGCGUGGUCAGCCAUGAGCUUUUGUCAUCUUGCCAGGUACGAACCCUUAGCACCAUUCGUGCAGAAGUGGUGCACCACCUGGUUAAGAAUGUCAUGUACCCGAGAGUAGUAAGGGACGGGAUGAUGGAGAUGAAGUCGGUGUUAUUUGAGGUGGUGUUGAAUGUGGUGAUGAUGACGAUUGCCGGGAGGAGGUGUGAUGUUGAAGGGGGAGAGGCUGGGCGGUUUAUGGAGCUUGUCCAGGAGUUGUUUAUUGUGAUGGGGGCGACCCAUGUGUCUGACUAUUUGCCAUGGUGGAAGUGGGUGGGAGGGAAACACUUAGAGAAGGAAAUGGUGGCGUUAAAUGAAAAGUGGCAUGCGUUAAUGCAAGAUUUGAUAGAAGAGCAGAGGAGAAAAACCGUGGUGGAGGCGGAGGGUGGUAGCUCCGAUGAGAAGAAUAAUUUGAUUGAAUUUCUACUGAUGUCGCAACAAAAAGAACCUGAAAAUCACAGCGAUGAAGUUAUCAAGGGAUUAUUGCAGGUACUAAUAUCAGCAGGAAGCAAUACAUCGAGUGUAACAAUGGAAUGGAUGUUAUCGCUUUUGCUAAACAAUCCAGAAGCUCUAAAGAAAGUGCAGACUGAGAUCGACAAUUGUGUUGGGAAGAUCGUCUGGUUAACGAAUCAGAUUUGA